CAUGGGUUCUGGGUAUCAAACUUAGGUCAACAAGUUUACAUGUCAAGCACUUUUACCCAGUAAGCCAGUGGUUCUCACCCUUCUUAAGGAUGCAACCCUUUAAUACAGUUCCUCAUGUGGUGACCCCAACCAUAAACUGUUUUGAAGUUACUACUUCAUAACUGUGAUUUUGCUACUGUUAGAAUUGGACUAUAAGUAUCUGUGUUUUCUCAUGGUCUUAGGCGACCCACAGGUUGAGACCUGAUGCACUAAGUGCUCUCACUGACUUUUAAAAGUCAUUUAGGUGAGAAACAUUGAGAACUGAACUCAGAAUUGGUGACAGAUGGCCCGGGGUGGGUUCCUGAUUCCCGUUCUAGGUGUGACGUGGACGCCUGGAAGAACUUUGCCAGCCUUUGGUGUGGGCUCAAGGGAGAAACUUGGGCUGAUGAUUUAGACUUGGGGUAACUGAGCUCACCCAAAGUGGGUAGAGGGGAAAGGAUCUGCUGCUUCCAUGCGGGCUAGGCCCGGGAGGAGCUCACACUGCACGGACUGCUGGGCACAGUCUAGUCACAUGUCCCAUAAAGCAAUUCAGGGCUUCCUCCCUCCCUAAGUUCUGUUUCUUGGAAUGAACGUAUGUUAAUAUGGCUCUGGGUAUUCAAAGACUUUUUAAAAAAUUUUUUUAAAGAUAGGGUUUUAUGUAACCCAGGCUAGUGUGGAACCUGAAAUGUAGCUUAGGCUGGUCUUGAACUCCUGGGGUUCCUGUUUACUGAAAGCUUGGAUUACAUGAAGGUCCCACUACAUUCAAUUUGAGAAGACUUUAUCAUGAUUGCUUUCGUUUCUGUUGUCACAAGUGGACCAUGUAGUGAUUCGUGUUGAUGUGCCUCACAUCGGCAUGCCUGUAUGAUGCUGGAAAUGCAUCUUUUUAAAAAGACUUAGUUUUGCUUUAUGUGUCCGGGUGCUUUGCCUGUGUGUAUCUCUAUGCACCACAUACAUGCAGGCAGACCAGAGCGGGAGUCAGAUCUCCUGGAACUGGAGUUACACACCGAUGUCAGUCAUCAUGUGGGUGCUGGGAACAGAACCCCAUCCUCUGCAAGAGCGUCAAGUGCACUUAACUACCCAGUCACCUCUCCAGCCCCCAUGCCUGCUUUAGGACACUUUCCUGUGUUUACAAGUCCGGUCCUCCAGUCCUCCACAUGUCUGGGGGACACGCUGCAGUGUUGCCCGGCUCCCAGUGCGCGUUUGAAACUGCAGCUAAUACUGGACUGCACUCAGUCUUUUCCCGCACAUACAUCUGAUAGUCUACUUUACACACUAGACACAGAGAGAGGGUGAGGUUGGCCGUGGCUAACUGGCUCUGGAAAGCACACUGUGGGUGAAGGGGUUACUGUGCAGUGUGGCAGGUCACUGUCAAGGAAGCCCGUGACCCCAUCCUCAGAUCCCUGUGGGCUUGGGUGAUGCACAUCCUUUUCUCCAGGGGAGAGCUAAGAACCUCCUUGGCACAGAGGGGGCAGGGCUGAGACCUCAGCAGCACUGAUGCAGGGGGAGGUCUGCAGGGAUGGAGAGCAUCCUCGUUGCCAAUGGCUCAGGAGAUGGGCUGGCAGGGAUCAAGCAGGAGAAGCCAGAGCGGCUGCUGCAGACUGUGGUGUCUCAGGCCGCGCUUCCGGAGAAGGACAAGGAAAACAUAUUUCAGCAGCAGGGCGUCCUCCCACCGUGCCAGACCGUGGGGCGGCCCUGGGCUCUGGGAUCACAGGAGGAGGUUGGAGGUGCAUGGUGGGUCCCACCUCCUGAGCAGGAUGCACGGCUGGCUACUCGAGUCCCGGGGACAGCCCCAGGCCCGCUGAGCCCCGCACUUUCUGCGGGUGGGGGUCACUUCGUGUGUGUGGAUUGUGGGAAAAGGUUCAGCUGGUGGUCAUCCCUGAAGAUCCACCAGCGCACACACACGGGCGAGAAGCCUUACCUCUGCAGCAAGUGUGGCAAGAGCUUCAGCCAGAAGCCUAACCUAGAGCGCCAUCAGCGCCACCACACUGGCGAGAGGCCCUUCUGCUGCCCAGAGUGCACAAGACGCUUCAGUCAGAAGCAACACCUGCUCAAGCACCAGAAGACGCACUCUCGACCCGCCACCCACGCGUGUCCAGAAUGCGAGCGCUGCUUCCGGCACCAAGUGGGCCUCCGCAUCCAUCAGCGAGCGCAUGCCCGGGACCGCCUGGGUGCCCGUGUCAGCUUGCAGGAGAUGCUCCGGUAUGCUGCUGUGCGCCGCCGGGCCUGCCGCCUGCGCCCUGGAUCCCCACGCGGGCGCCCCGAGUGGGUCUGGCUGGGGCUCUGCCAGGGCUGGUGGGGCCAGCAUGGGGUACGGACAGCAGCCCAUGGCCGCUUAGGUCCCAGUGAGCAGCGCCAGUUCAUCUGUAAUGAGUGCGGUAAGAGCUUCACGUGGUGGUCAUCCCUGAAUAUCCAUCAGCGCAUCCAUACAGGCGAGCGGCCCUACGCAUGCCCUGAAUGCGGCCGCCGCUUCAGCCAGAAGCCCAACCUGACAAGGCACCUGCGCAACCACACAGGUGAGCGGCCGCACCCAUGCUCGCACUGUGGCCGCAGCUUCCGCCAAAAGCAGCACCUGCUCAAGCACUUGCGCACACACCUGCCUGGUGCCCAGUCUGCAAGGUGCACCAGCUGUGGACAGAACUACCCCAGCCGUGCGGCACUGCGGGCCCACCAGCGAGUACAUGCCACGGCAGAGCUGCUGCGUUCGCGGUCUGCAGUCCAGGGUGGUGUGCCUGGUUCAGAGCCACAAGCUGAGAUUGCCCGGAGUGUGGCUGUGAAGCCCCACGGUACCCAGGGUGUCAAAGAAGUGCUGUGUGGUCAGGGGUGCGAGACCCUGGCUGCACCCAGUGAGCAGCGCCAGUUCAUCUGUAACGAGUGUGGCAAGAGCUUCUCAUGGUGGUCAGCGCUCACCAUCCACCAGCGCAUCCACACUGGCGAGCGACCCUAUGCGUGCCCAGACUGCGGCCGCUGUUUCAGCCAAAAGCCCAACCUCACACGACACCGGCGCAACCACACCGGUGAGAGACCCUACCUGUGCACUGCCUGUGGCCGUGGGUUCCGUCAAAAGCAGCAUCUGCUGAAGCACCAGCGUGUGCAUCGUGGAGCUCAGGCACCACACCCUCGCCCAGAGGAGGAAGAAGAGCCGUAGUGUGUGCCCCCCGUGCAGCUAAUGGUG